AUGGAUAACAUGGCUCAUACUACUUCGUGCUCCGUAUCGGGCUCGCAGCGACGCAACCUUGAGACGCAUGCUGAAUCUGACGUGGUCAACCAUCAAAUAGCAGACGCUCAACAUCCUGACCACGAUAUGUUUGGCGAUUGGAAUCUCAACACCUUGAUGAUGUUCAUGCUGCUGCUUUACUUCAUGCAGUAUGCAAUGCGCCAACCAUGUGGUUGCUAA